AUGUCGGUCAGAAUGGCUCCUCGUCUUCCUCUGAUCGUUCUGCUCAUGAUUCACGGGGUUUCUGGUGCUGGUUGGGGUGUGAGUUACAGUCCUUCACACAUCUGUGCACUAAAGAACUCAUCAGUGAUAAUGAGCUGCACUUAUACAUACCCUACUGGACAUAAGAUCACGAAAGUGUUCUGGACCAAAGGACCUGUAAUAAAGGGUACAGAGCCCCCAGAUCUGUCUGAGGACCGUCAAUACAGUCAGAGGCUUCAGUAUCUGGGAGAUAAACAGCAGAACUGCACCAUCAGACUGAGUCAUGUGACACAGAAAGAUGCACACGUGUACUGUUUCAGAUUCACAACUGAUAAAGAUAAAUGGGUUGGUUAUCCAGGAGUGACUCUUAAUGUCACAGAUCUUCAGGUGGAGUCUCCUGAGACAGUGACAGAGGGAGAUUCAGUCCGUCUGACAUGUAAAAGCAGCUGCGCUCUGACUGACGGAGCAACAUUCAUCUGGUACAGAAACUCACAGCCAUUAACUGAGAGAAGAGACAGAAACAAUCAACUCCUGCUGCAGUCAGUCAGAAGAGAGGAUGCAGGCAGAUAUAGCUGUGCUGUACAUGGACACACUUACAUCUCUCCUGCUGCUCAUCUCAGUGUCACAUAUCCACCAAAGAGCAUCUCAGUGUCCAUCAGUCCAUCUGGUGAAAUAGUGGAGGGAGGUUCAGUGACUCUGAGCUGCAGCAGUGAUUCAAACCCACCUGCAGAAAUCAGCUGGUUUAAGGAGAAUCAAAGCUCAGCUGUUGGAUCUGGACAGAGUUUCAGUGCUCUACAGAGUGGACGCUUCUACUGUGAGGCUCACAAUCAACAUGGAUCUCAGAGAUCAGACGCUGUUACUGUCACAGGUGAAGCUUUUAUUAACACACUCCUGUAUCUUCACAUCAUUCAUCAGUUUGUUAAUUAUGAUGAUCUUCAUCAUUCAGUUCAUCUUGGUGCUGGUACGAAUGUGUUUGUGAUCACAGCAGCAUCUGGAGGAGGAUUAUUCAUCAUCAUCAUCCUCAUCCUGUUUAUAAUGAGGAAACAAAAGACUGUUAAAACUGAAGAUCUCAAAAUGAAAGAGAAUGAUCUCUAUUCUGACGUGUCACAGAGAGUUUCAGAGCCUCUUUCUGAACCUGAUACAGCCAGUGAUGCUCUGUAUGCCAAUGUGAAACCCAGCAGAGGAACAACUCCUGAAUCCAGAGAUACUGAGGAGAUGCAGAGCACAACUGUGAGAAAAACAACUUAAACAGCACAGAUCUGAGCUAUAACACUGUUGCGCUCCUGUUUUUGAUUAUUAUUUUUUUUUAGGCAAUCAAAUGUUCAAACUGUGGAAG